GGUAGAUUUUCGUUCGGUUCGGGUCGCCGGAAGUGGUCGUCGUCGAAUUUGUGGGUGGUCCUGAGGGUUGAAGAAGGACAAGCGGAACGGACAGGUUGUGUGACAGGAUAAGCGUUUGCGUUUGCAGCCAUUUAGGCGUAAAGGUGAAAAAGGAUUCUGGCCGCCUCACGCCCCCCCUUUGAGGAUUGUGACGGGCUUUGAACUGCGAUGAGUUGAGGUGGAGGGGGUUGAAAUUUGCGUUUUGUGAUUAAAAUUUUCCCGGAAAAGAGAGGCAGGAUUAAAGAUCUAACAGUUGGCCUCUCGUCACCCACGCUGCGGAAAAGCUUUAUUUUUUGCGUGUGUUGGUGCUGGUAGCAUACAUUCGGGCGUUUGUGGAUUGUGGUGCACAGCUGAAGUUUUGUUGAUCUAAAUCCGGGGGUAAAAAAUAGUCGAAAGUAAUACUUUUUGGCAUGUUUGGCACUGUGUAAUGGAUUCCAGUUGGUGAUAUUUAUCUUUGCGAUUGGAAGCGGAUACCAGAUAGUCUCGAGUGGCUUCGUCAGCGCAACAGGAAAAACAAAUAUUGGGGGAAAACGAGCAGCAGAGCAAGAGAGAGAUUCGUGACAAGUGAACAGGAAAAUCGUGACAUGUAGCAGUUUGCGAAGAUUCGUCGACCCAAAAAAAGAAAAGCCUCCCGGAAAAUAUUGAUUGCCGGGUUCAGGCCGAGAAAUAUAUAUAAAAAAGGAAAAGUUUUUCCAGCAUCGAAAGUGUAUAUGUGUUCCCAAGUGUGUGGGCGUAGUGUGCCAUUUCAUCGAAAAGGGCGAAAAUAUUGGCGGGAUUUAGACACAGCAGCAUCCUGAAAACGUCGACGAGCAUCGACAGCGAAAAAAGGAAGCAUCAAAACUUCUGCCCAAAAGUCGAUAUCUUGAGCAAACCAACACCGCUCCUCGAAUCGUACCCCGCCCCGCCCAGGACACAUUCUCCUGGCGCCAUGUUUGCGUCCGGUGAACCGUACUCGACACUAGCACUGGGCAAACACUCGCACGCAUAAAUAAAUAAACGACGAGUGUCAAUGAGCGGAUCCGGCGAGUUUCGUAGCUUUUCCUGGAAAAGACCUGCCACUAACCCCCACAUGCCUCCCCCGUUGAUCGCAUCUCGAUGAGCCCUUUGGACCACUCCCGGAAGUGGUGGUCGUUACCAUCGGUAGACAGCAGCGCUGCUUCGGCGUCUUCGCCUUCACGAUCUCACCAUGGUUCGCAUGGCCGGUUCGAAGCUGCUGGCCCGGCUUCUGCUGCUGAUCUCGUCGGUGACGCUGAUCUCGCUGCUGGCGCUGACCCGAUGUGGCCUUGGCGGGCUGAUCGCCACCGAGAACGGCGGGGGGCUGGUCAGUGCGAAUAUGGGCGGUCCGGUGGGAAUUGGUGGCGAUGAGGAGUACGCCGCGGGUGGAGGGAGUUCCGGAGUGCGGGAACUUUCAGCCGAUAGGAAUGAACAGCAGAGUGGAUACCUGCAGAUGUUGCAGCAGCGGGAGGAGGAGAACAUCAAGGAGGUCGCGAAGCUGACGGCGGAGAUUAAGGCACUCAAGUUGCAGAUCCUGCAGCUGAAAAAUGCUGCCGGGCAGCAGCUUCCGUCGAGUGAGGUGAUCAACGGAAGUGGGGUGGUGCUGAACUCACCUCAGACGCCGACGUUGCACGACUGUUCGGCGUUUAUCCGAAGACAGGUUGGUUCGGCGGAGAUUCUGCAUGGUCUACCGCUGAACAAUGAGUACGAGUUGGUACCAUUUAACCACUUCACCUUUAGUCGGGUGUAUCCGAUCGAGUUGGGACUGGGGAAGCGUGUAGUCGAGAAACCCAUUGGGUACAAACGGAGAGACAUCUUAGGCGCUUUGAACAAGGCGAUCGAGACGCUGAAUCGAAACAUAACCACAAACAUGCUCAAGUAUACGUUGGAUGAUUUUACGGAGGGCAUCUACCGGAAUGAGCCGACAACGGGGACGCAGUACGAGUUAUACUUUAGGACAAAAGACGUGAACAAAACGUCAUCGAGCAGUGGUCAGCAGCAUCAGCACGGUGACCACAGCCAGCACGGCACGACGAAACUGGUCGUGAUGCGGCCGUUUGCACCGCUUCAAACCAUCCAGAUGGAAGCGUACCCGAAGCAGCAGGAGAAGGAACUGAUCCAUAUCAUACUGCCACUGUCCGGCCGGACGUCGACCUUCCAGAGCUUCAUGGACAAGUACGUCAAGAUUGCGCUGAAACACGACAAGCGUGUCCACCUGACGGUGGUUUACUUUGGAGAGGAUGGGCUUUCGGAGGCGCGCUCUAUCAUGAGCCGGGUCAUCGGGAUGAAGAACUCCGGUGGUAACUCGUCGAACCUGAAGCUGCUGGCGUUGAACGAAACGUUCUCGAGGGCCAAGGCCCUCCGAGUUGGUGCUGAGAAAGUCUGGAGCAGCAAUGUAAAUAAGGACAAGGACGUGCUGCUGUUCAUGUGUGAUGUAGAUGUAGUGUUUAGUGCUAAAUUUUUAGAUAGAUGCCGUUGGAACACCAAGCCAAACAAGAAGGUCUACUACCCGGUGGUGUUCAGCUUGUACAAUCCGCACGUGGUGUACACGUUGCAGGGCAAGGAAGUUCCGCCGGAGACGGACCAGUUGCUCAUCUCGAAGGAUUCGGGGUUUUGGAGGGAUUUUGGGUACGGCAUGACGUGCCAGUACCGGUCGGAUUUCCUGAAGGUGCGAGGCUUCGACGAGGAGAUCAUCGGUUGGGGUGGUGAGGACGUGAUGCUGUACCGGAAGUACGUCCGGUCACACAUCAAGGUGAUUCGGGCGACGGAUCCGGGUAUCUUUCACAUCUGGCAUCCGAAGAUCUGCAGCGGGGAGGCCGCUGGACAGAAGCUAUCGGUGGAUCAGUACCGGGCUUGCAUUCGGUCGAGGGCGCUGAACGAAGCAUCGCACGCACAGCUAGGGUUCCUGGCCUUCCGGGACGAUAUCGUGGCGAACGAGGGAAAGAUUUUGGCGGGGGUGAAACAGGUGGGAAAUUCCAGUAAGGUGAGACACAAGGUUACUAAAUACGGUGGGAGCGGAGCAGGCAAGUCGAAGGCUCCGACAAACAACCGGAAGAGCAGCACAUGAUCUUUCAUGAUACAGCAUCAGGAGAGCAUUUGGAGGAUCGAGUUCUAGGGUAGAAUUUAGGACCAAUAAAAAGUAGAGGUUAGGUCAAGCGACGGUAGGAUUCCUGAUGUUUGUAAACAAACGUGCUCCUUUUCGGUUUUGAGGUUAGGUUUUGUACCACACAGAGAUUUUGUACAGACUCGUAGCAACCGAAAACACAUUCCACAUUUUUUCUAGCUUUAUCGAUUGAUCGAAGCGAUCGACACUUUUUAGAACAAAUUUAGUACGAAACAUUCCAGCGGUGACACUCGUCGCCGGCUCAAUUUGACAGAUAACUAGAAUCGAGUGAGCACGAUAUCAAAGGGAGGGAAGGCAGGAGGGAAGCGGAUAGCGAUUAAAUCAUUUUUCCUCUGUGACACCUCUCGGUUACACCUUACUACACGGUUUGAUUGGUGAGCGCCGGAAGUGUCCGGUGUCGUAAAUAGAGCGCGUUACAAAAAAGAGCUCUAGUUUAGAACUGCUGCUGCGGCCACUGGCGUAAUUAAGGUUUAUGAUUUGUGGUGACGUUAUCGUUAGUUUAUCAGAGUUUAUUUAGCGUGCGCGUACGCGCGGGAAAAUAUGCUCAUUUCGAAGUGACCUGAAGCCGAACCGUCAUUAGUUCCAUUGCCAAAAAGACAAUUUAAUGUGGUUGAAAAAAAAACACGAAUGUUUGUUGAAUUGAGAAUCGUUUUUUUGUUUGGGUGAGUGCGGCGAACGCAGAAUUGUUGGUUUUUUUUUUACGCGUCAUGGGCGAUCUGUUGUAAAUAUGUAGGAAAUUCUUGGAAUUAAUCAAAAGAUGACAAAAGGCAGAAUAGAACGAAUAAAAUUUCUCCAGAUAUUGGAAAUUUA